AUGGUAAAUCCUGGGAUUCCCAAGAAUUGCACCAUUUCGCCGUCCUCAUUCACCGAGACGCCGUCUCUGACCAUCAACCAUGAAGCAGCGUUAGAUCUUGAUUCUAGCAAUGCAUUUGAAGGACCCGAAAAGCUUCUUGAGGUUUGGUUCAGUCCGUCUCCUCACAAUCUAGAGAAUUGCUCCCAACCGGACGGUCUGAAGGCAGUCCCGGCUGAAAUAUGGAAGAGCAUGCUUGAUCUGGUCAAUUGCAAAGUACUGUCCAUCGUUGAGUCUGAAGGUAUCGAUGCUUAUCUACUCUCCGAAUCGAGCAUGUUUGUAUUUCCACACAAGCUUAUCCUCAAGACCUGCGGAACGACGACACUACUAUGCGGAUUGCCACGCAUUCUUGAAAUUGCUUCCAUUUUUGGUGGCUAUGCAAGAUCAACAGCUCCUCCAGCCAGGGGCAUUGCCAUCGCUGCAGCUCCUUAUCGGGUAUUCUACAGUCGCAAGAACUUUCUUUUCCCAGACCGUCAACAUGGGCCCCACCGCAGUUGGAGAGAUGAGGUCACAUCACUGGACAAGCUCUUUCUCGGAGGCAGCGCUUAUAUGAUCGGCAAGAUGAAUGGGGAGCAUUGGUAUCUCUAUCUAACAGAACCAAACACGAUGUUGACCCCACCGGCAAGUCCGUGCGCUUCAGACAGUCCGAUGGAGACAGAGACGAGAGUCUUGAGCUUACCUACAGCGAUUCGUGGUAUCAAGCAAAGGAGUAUGUGCGAGGCAGAAGACGAGACCUUAGAGGUAUUGAUGACUGAUCUUGACGAGGAGAAUGCUCAGCAGUUCUACCUUGAAAAUGCGAGUGCGGUCGCAGAAAGUCAGUACAGAGGUACCCGUAUUGCUUCAGACGAUUUGGUGGAUGUAUUCAGCAACACAUCCUCCGAAAACGGAGAAUUUGGGUCUGAUGAAGAAACUUAUCCGGAGGAGCUGACGACCGAAGGUCAUGCCCUCGGUACCGUGGUGUCCGAUUUUUGUGGCUUGUCCGAUGUGUAUCCGAAGAGCAAAUACCCAGGUUCACGGAUCGAUGCGUAUCUUUUCACGCCCUGUGGAUUUUCAGCCAAUGCUGUCGUGCCUGCACCAGGAGGUGAGACUGGGACCCACUAUUUCACUGUCCACGUCACGCCCGAGCCGAACUGCUCUUAUGCAUCUUUUGAGACCAACGUUCCUGCUCUUCAAGAAGGACGUGACACCGCAGAUAUUGUCAGCAAUGUGGUUGACAUCUUUAAGCCUGGCCGCUUUAGUGUCACGCUUUUCGAAGCGAAAAGCAAUUCUGAAGAGAAGGAGAACGAUGCCACCGACAUUGAUGCGUUAUUGGCGAUCAAAGCACUAGAACGCAAGGCUCUUCGGCGUAGUGCCAGAAUGGACGCUAUCAAAGGUUAUCGUCGGAUCGAUAGGAUCGUACAUGAAUUGGAUGGAUAUGAUCUCGUCUUCAGGUACUAUGAGCGUUAUGAUUGGAAAGGAGGGACACCACGGAUUGGCGAGCGAGGUUUCUGA